GGCGUGUGAAGUCUGACAUGUGCGAUGGCCGUACAAGUUCCUUCUUGAGCAACACAAAUCUUUUCUUUAGUUAGUGGGCGAUUAUUUCUACCGAGGAGAUCUUGUGAUUGUGACAAUUCUAAGUAAUUUGACCCGUCUCUCUGUCUCUAACUGGAACGAUCUGGACGAGCGUCUUCCUGAAAUCGGCAUCUGUGUAUUGUGUUUGUUGUUCAUUCAAUCAGGUCAGGUCGCAGCGAGUUUGUUUGUUGUGUUAUUAUUGUUCGAGGUGUAGAUCUAGACUGAGAAUCCAGGCGUAUUUGUGCACAGACUGCGGACUAGACAAGAUCUAAACCUACUAAAAUAUUUGAUAACUUCAAAAUUGACGAGGCCUGCUCGAAACACGCACAGUCCAGGAGGCAUGAACCGUCUGCCUGUGACAGCUAUAGACAGUGAUGAUUCAGCCUCAGACUGGGACUCCACUGUGGCUGAGGCCCCUCCACAGUCCCCUCAAGCCAGUGCUCCUGUUGUGGAGACAGAGGGGGAGUAUGCAACAGUCACCCCCCGACCCAGGACCAGUCUCCAAGGGACACUUCUGAAAGCUCGGCCGUAUCUGAUGUACCGUCGCCCCCACCUCACAUGACUUCUUUCCAGAAUUCACUCAAUGACUACUCAGUGGUAGCCGACCCGGCCCCAGAGAUCCCGUCGCGAAGAUACACGACCAAAGGAAUGUUGUACACCGUGCCGGAGACAGAGGGCUACCCCACCCCCCAACCCCCUGUGGCGGUGAACUGGGACGACAGCGACGCAGAGGAGCAGGUGCUGAAGGAACUGCAGCAAAAUCUGGAGAGGGACAGGCAGCGGCAACAGGCGGGUGGGGAAAGGAAGAUAACUCUGUCAGAGGCUUCUCUCUCCAACGGGAAUGAAAACCGAGGCUACUCCCCGAGCCCCACAGUGACCAGAGCGGGUGAGACCACCCUGGAGAGAUGGACGCGGACCAAGGACGGCGGGAAGCGAGAGAAAUCUCCGGAAUCUCUCCACAAGCCGGACCGACGUUCCGAUGUUGUCUCCAAGUCAGCUGUUGAACUUGACAUUGGCUACCUGCGAUCUCCGGGUGUGGGCGGUGAAGGAGGGCGGGGCCAGACUGUGUUUCUCCAAGACUCCACGGGAAAGAAGUGUGUGUUUUUCUUUGAGGAGGGAAGCCUCCACUUCUUGAAAGUUGAAGAUGACGAAGUCAAUGCUUACCUGCCGGAUAAAGUUGACAAGUUGGACAAGGUGUUCCGGCGCAUCUGGCGUGAAGGCUUUUCUGUCCUGCGCAUCUUCACGUCGUUCUUCGUCCUGAUGGUGCUGGAGCUGGUGCUGUACUUGAUGAAGCACGUGCUGCGCCCCCUGGUGGUGGAUGUGCUGGGGACCGUCGGCGACCACUUCCUGAAGCCACUCUUCACCGUGACCUUCAACGCAAUUAUCCAGCCGGUGGCGGCUUUUCACUGGAAUAUCUUCAGCGCUUUGUAUCACGCAUUUGGACCUUUCGUAAAGUUUCUCGGAGCCAUAUUGUCACUGGUUGCCAUUCCCCUGCGAGCGUUCCGCCUGUUUGUCUUCAACUGGCACAAUCCCCCCUCUCGCCACAAAGGAGAAGUUGACAUUGUCUGAGGCAACGGAGAUGAGCUUCUUAACCCUCCAAGUGUCGACAACCGAAUGAAUAGGCCGCCCUAACUUUCGUUAUAUGGUGGAGCGACCAACUCAAUCGGCCGUAAUUUGAGUCGCUAUUCCGGUUUGUUUAUCCCGUUUUUUUAUAACGCCAAACAUUUCAACUCGUUCACAAAAGGGAUCUGCUUCCUAUUUACAUUCUUUUUUCCUCAAAAUGUGUAGAUUUAUGGCUGUUAUAUUAUUCUUUGUUUGCUUGUUCUCAAGCAUUCUCCAACAUGAGGUGAUCAAAUCAAUUAAUUUUCCCUGACACCACAGGCAAUUUGGUCACUUUUAAGGACAAGACGGCUAUCCCGAAAAAUGCUGUUUUGAGAAAAACGAAGGUAAAGUCUUU